GAACCGGAAGAGAGAAGAGGUGGGCGUGUCCUUUGUGGUUGUGGCCCCGCCCCGCGUCCACACUGUCCAGGAACAAGUUUGGCUGGAGACGCGCUUUAAAGUUUUGUUUGUCGAUGCAGCUUUGACUCCAAAUCUGCUGUUCUAACUCUCGAUCUUAUUAAUUGAUUCUGAAUUGAUGUUGGAUUUAAACAAGGAAGAUGAUGCACUGACUGCAAAGUUCUACUUCAGGGCUGAGAUCGGCUCUCCACAGGACAAGCAGUGUUUGACGCAGAUCGGGAAAGAGGACACCUAAAGGCACCAUGGAUCUCGGCAACGACGUGGACCUGUCCAACAAUAACAUCAUGCCCUUGUGGAAACGCCGCACAGACAACUGCAAAAUCCCGCAGGAUUCGCGGAAGCCACGUCCCAGUAGCUACCACACCAACGGUGUCACGACAACGGACUUCCCUGUUGAAGAGUGCGCGUUUACGUUGAACCAACCGGCGGAGAAGCUGGUGGUCACGGCACCGUGUCCGGGCAAAAACACCGCCGUGUUGAAGCAUGUUUUGCACAAACCUUCCAAAAAGUCCAGGGUGGUUCGGAGCAUUAGCAUCGGGCACAUCUCUAACGGACGCUUCUCCUUGUCUAAAUUCAAGUUUGAGGGCGGCAGAUCGGCCUCGCUGGACAAAAGAGUGCGUAACGGAGAAAAGCACAGCAAUGGUUGGCCAGAGGAGUGUGUCAGAGAUCCUCAAGCCCUCAUUUCUCGGGUGUUUAGUCUGAGCCUGCCUAAAGACAAGAUAUCAUUCCACCUGUCCUCACCUGAAGGGGUUCCCCACACUCCUAACAACAACAACCACCUCCAGCUGUCCUUCUCGCCGCCAUCAAGCCCGUGUCCUCCAGCUCCACGGACUCCUUCCCACAGCUCCACUUCCAGCAUCCCCUCUCUAACCUCCGACGACCCCCCAACACCUCGUUCUUCCUCGCCGGCUGACAGCCCUCCCAGGCAGUCCUCACCCUCACAAGACGCCAGGCGUACUUCUUCUUCCUCUUCUUCCCCGUCCCUUUCCCCCUGUCCCUCCGUGGUCCUCAGCACCUACAGCCCCGCCGCCCUGAAGAUGGGGACCCAGCAGCUUAUUCCCAAGGGCUUGGCCUCAGAUACUCGGCAGAGCAAGCCCACUCCAUCCGGGCAACAAGGCCAAUGUUUGACAGGGCUGCUGGGGUCGGACACUUCCAAGAGGACAUUAAAAACCCUCAGCAUGGUCGAGACAGGGGCCUACUUUUCCACGGGAAGGGGCCACGGCGAGGCCACAGAUGGAGAAAACGAAAGCCCCGGGGCAUUAAGGCGGGGCCUGAGGAGUACAUCCUACAGGAAGGCUGUUGUCAGCGGAGUCGAUCUGGAGGCCCAGUCGCUUUCCCAGCCUGUCAUGAAAGGAUUAGAUGGCGAUACUAAAACUCCCCCAUCCGGCCCUAGCGGUCCUUGCCUGGUGAAGCCAACCAGCCCGGGGGCGCCCAAGCCUGACAGCCCGCGGACUCAAACUCCUACUGGAACAGGGAAGAGCAAGAUUCCUGAAAAGAGGAACCUUUUGACCCCUCAGCGGACCUUUGACAGCGAAGAGGAAGAAUUGUACCAGAACUAUCAGGAAAAGGCUUUACAUAACGAUUCGGAUGAGGAUGCCGAUUCCAGAGAACCCCAGGCCUAUACCAGCAUUGUGGUGCAAUACAGACCGAUACGGACCUCCUGGAGCCAGCUAAGCGUGGUCAAGAAAAGCGGUCUGUUUGAUCGGAUGAGUCAGGAAGAACGUAAAAGACAAGAGGCCAUCUUUGAGGUGAUCUCCUCAGAGCACUCCUACCUCCACAGUCUUGAGAUCCUGAUUCGCAUGUUCAAGAACUCCACGGAGCUCAGCGACGCCAUGACCAAGACGGAACACCACCACCUCUUCUCCAACAUCGUUGAUGUGUGUGAGGCCAGUAAAAAGUUCUUUAAGGAAUUGGAGGAGAAACACCAGCACAGCAUAGUGAUCGAUGACAUCAGCGAUAUUGUUUGCACGCACGCCGAGUCCAACUUUGAUCCUUACGUGACGUACUGCUCCAACGAGGUCUACCAACAGAGAACCCUGCAGAGGCUCUUGGCCAAGAAUCCAGUUUUCAAGGAGGUGCUGACCAGGAUCGAGGGCCACCCCGACUGCAGGAACCUCCCCAUGAUCUCCUUCCUCAUCCUGCCCAUGCAGAGGGUCACACGUCUGCCCUUACUCAUGGACACAAUUUGCCAGAAGAUUCCUAAAGAGUCCACACAGUAUGAAGAGUGUAAGAAGGCUUUACAUGCUGUCAGCAAGGUGGUAAGGAAAUGUAAUGAGGGGGCGCGUACCAUGGAGAGAACCGAGAUGAUGUAUACCAUCAACUCCCAGCUGGACUUUAAGAUCAAGCCUUUCCCUCUGGUCUCCUCCUCCAGGUGGAUGGUCAAGAGAGGAGAGCUGACAGCGCUUGUGGAGGACAAUGGCAUCUUCCUCAAGCGGACAGCGCGGCAACAGGUCUACUUCUUUCUCUUCAACGACGUCCUCAUCGUCACUCGGAAGAAGAGCGAGGACAGCUACUCUGUGAUCGACUACGCCUUGAGGGACCAGAUCUGGGUGGGCCCCUGCCAGCCAGAAGAGCUCAAUCUGUCUCCAGUCCGCAGCACCGCCAGCAUGCUGAGCUCACGGCAAGCUGGCGCCAACCAUCUCUUCCGACUACGUUUCCUCAGCAACCACUCUGGUGAGAAGGUGCCCAUGAUCUUGGGGACAGAAUUAAUGAACGAGCGUGCAAGGUGGAUCAGCGCCCUGGGCCAGAAAGUCAACAAAGAUAAGAGGGAACAGGACAGGACUAAUGCGAUGCAAGUAGGAGUGAUCCGAACGUACACAGCCAAGCAGCCUGAUGAGUUGUCUCUGCAGGUGGCAGAUGUGGUGCUCGUCUCCCAGACUGUAGAAGACGGUUGGUACGAGGGCGAGAGGCUGCGUGACGGCGAGAGGGGCUGGUUCCUCGCCGAAUGUGCCGAGCCCAUCACCUGCCAGGCCACCAUCCAGCGCAACGUGCAGAGGAUGGACCGCCUGCAAGGACUGGAGACCAACGUGUGACCUCGCUUUUCUACACCGUGACGCCUCUAGGGACUCAAGACGGGUACGGCGGUAGAAGAGUUUGGUCGCAGCCUUGAUCCAGAUGACGUCACCAUAAACAAAGAUUAUUUAUGUGAACGUCUUCCAGGUCUCUCAGCUGCCGGUGCACCAUAUGUGUUCUCCUUCAUCCCUUAAGGGGGCUUCUUCUACGCCAAACUCAUCCAAACACGCCUUUUCCCACACGGUUCCUUACAAAGUUGGCAGCAUAUUACUGAAGGACGUCAAUCUAUUUUAACCAUGAGCGUUGUAAUUGUGAAGAUAACAUGCAGGUUUUUGUGUAAACAGGAAGAUGUUAUUAUAGUCUAAAGCUUAAGGCACUUUUUUCCUGAAGAAUCAUGUCAACAGAAGGGAAGAAAAUCUGUUGCCAGAUUAGUAUUCUCUCCAAAUGUACACACACCUGUGGGUGACGCUUGCAUGGCCUCCUGUGGAUGUCAGGCAGACAUUCAUUUUGUGUCGCCCCCUCGACGUGAAAAAAAAUAAAUGGCCAGGUGCUGUGAUGAUGGCCAUCUGUCACCGCCGCCUUUUAUUGUUAAAGGAGAACAGCAGCAGAAGUAUCCUCAAGACGCCAGAUUAUUUUGUUGAUUGUGUCCUCCAAAUGAAGGAUGUGGCACAUGUAAAUAUGUAAAGUCAUGUAAAAGUUUAUCUUUUCUAAAUACAGAUCAAUAUACUGAAAUGUUCUUUUUGAAACGCAUGAAUACAUAACACUAGGCUGAAAAACAGCACUUUCAUAAGUGUACCUAAUGAAGUGUCUGGUGAUUGUAUAUUCCAAACGCAAACAAUAAAAAUUUGUUACAGUUACCAAUAUGUCAUGUCCAGUCAGGAUGGGUUUCUUACCGUCAUACAACUGCCUCGCCACUUUUUGGUACAGAGCAUACAAGCAACAUGACAUUAAAUGUAGAUAUAUCCCAUUGCAUUCAUUUCAUGGCAUGAUGCUAAAUCACAAUAAAAU